ACGUGGUGAGGAAAGAAAACUUCCUUUUAUCACCUCAUUCUGUCUAUAUGCCUCUUUGAAGUGAGCUACGAGAUGCCAGGAAGAUCAAAGGCCUUUGGAAUAGACAGCACAGUAGAUUCAGGCUAUUUGUUCAGUGGGAGUCGGCCACCAUCCCAAACAGCUAUCUCCAAGGAUUCACCUCCUUCUGAUUAUUUCUCCUUGAAGUCUGGAAGCCGACCAUCUUCCCCCUCAAUAUCGCCAACUCCGUCAGUGGCGGGAUCGGUGACGUCCAGUUCUGGCUCCUUGCACCACCGGCGGCCACUCAUCAGCCCAGCACGUCUCAACCUCACGGGACAAAGACUCCGAUUGUUCACAGAGCAUGUUGCCAUAAAGCAGAGGCCGGGAAAGUUGAUCCGUAAAGCCUGGCCAUCUCCAAACAUGUUGGACACCAACGUUUCCAGUAACGUCCUGGCACAGGAUGUGACCCAUGUCUCUUCUCAUAGUCACAAUGCCAAGUCUGCUGAAGGAGGGAGUGUAUACAGUGAGACAACUGGCCAGAGGAAAGAUAGCUCUUCCAGAUCCUCAGCUUGUGUGGUUGAUACCACCACCAACGUUGGGCAGCAGGUGGCUGACAGUGCCCGAGGAUGGAAAGGACUUUGUGGAAACAUCCUGUGGACAAGUCUUCUGGGAUUAAGUCUGACUGCAAAUGUGAUCUUUGCCUCAGUCUACCUCUACCAGGGUCUGCACUGAUCAGAAAACACUAAUUCAGGAAACGUUCUGAAGAAGCUGUCAAAGAUUUACGGUCCAGUCAACUGCUCCUUGUCUCACAGCCUCGCGCUACAGAUGAACACUGCCUUUGCAUUGUCAGUAAAUCAUCUCUCUGCUUUCAUUGACAACUUCCAGGGUGCAGGCAAGUUAGAGGAGUAUAAUGGGAAGGAUGCAGCCUGUCUGUUCCUCCCAACAGGAAUGGUGAUUGGAAUCUGUCCCAUCACCUAUCCUGCAAAUUUGUAUUUGCAUUUAGAAUGAGUUUGAUCUGGGCUCCAUUGCAUUGUAUUUAUUUCUGUAAAACAUGUCAACUGGUGCUUAUAUGCACAAGAAACAAAAGCACAUUCAUGUGGCUUACUACUGCAUUGAGUGAAGGCCAAGAGAAUGCAAUUUAACUGGCUAUUGAUGACCCAUUGUUAAAGUUCUUUCUAUUCUUGUGUGUAUAUAUAUAUUUUUUAAAGGUGUUUAGGCCUCGUUUCGUUUAUAUGACUUUUUCCAACCAAUGUAGUUUUCUUUUUGCUGCUUUAUUCUCAAACUCUGCAAAGCGAGGUAAAUAUAGCAUUGAAACAAUGUUCCAUGUUCACUGGUCGGGUGAAGAAAUGAUGUACAAUGGCAAUGUACAGCACUCAGUAACGUAUGUUCAUCUCUGCACUGCCUCCGUGAUUCAGUUCUCCCAGCUACUUGAUGAUUUGUAUGUCUGUGAUCAGCGUAACAUCCCAUUGGCUGCUGGGUAACAAUCCACAAUUGGAAAACAUGUUUUGUAAAAAUGUUGACGCCACUCCGGAGGAAUAAAACAGAUUGAGCCUAGCGUGUCACUGAAGUUUACCCACAAUUGUUUAAAUUAUGCUGGAGUGACAUCAGCUAAAGAAACUGGGAACAUUUUGUGCAUCCUGUCUUUCUAAAAAUGAGAAACCUUUAGUAAUAAGAUACAGAUGUGGUGAAAGUAACUUAAAUUUGACUUCUCUGAGUGUGUUGGGUUUUUUUUCCUCUUCACUUUAAAGUUGGACAUGAUUCGUUGAACCAUCUUUUCUUGUUUAUUACCUCAUGCACAAACGUAAAAGUCACAUUUUUUAGACUAGUUUUAAGGUUAAACAUCAUGGGUAUUACAUAGAUAAUAUUUUUCAAAGAGUUAAUAUGCUGAAUUUGGACUUGAACAAAAUCCAAAGUUAACCAGCACAAAGGAGUAAAGUAAAAGCCAACACACUAAAGAAUUCAUAUUAAUUUCUAAUGUUUACUUAUUUUCUAACUUUCGGAAGCUAAUCAAUUUCAACUCUAUGAUUAUUCUGUGGUUUCAAAAUUCAUGGGCUUUGAUCACUUAAAAAAAAACACUAGGGAAAUCGUUUACAUGAGAUGAUCUGAAAAAAAUCCACUUUAAGCCAAAAAUCAUGGGGUCAACUUUUACAUGAAAUCUACUUUUACAUGUGUAUAAGGUAACUCUUAUCAAAGUGGAUUAUUCUAAGAUACAAGUGCAGUAGCCUACAGGAACUAUUUGGAUAGAAAAGAAAGUCUUGCACUGCAAAGGGUUAACGCUACAUUGUAUGUUUCCAGUCCACACAUUCUUACACGGUUCAGACUGACCUGCUACAGCUCAACUUACUGCCAAGUGAUACUGACCAGGGCGAAUGGACAUUUGCAGCUGAACAAAUGGGUAGAAUCAAUUCUCUGAGGGAUCCCUUUUUCCUUCUUCCUUUCAACCAGUUGGCUCAGCAAAGUGGAACCUUUGAAAUGAAGGCAAAUAUAAAACUAUUUUUGAAGGGGGGUGUGCAGAGUGGGGGUGGGGAGUAGCUAUCAUCAAAAACACUGUUCUUGGCUUCCAGAUCACAGACGAUGCCUUUGUUGUCUGCUGUAGGUAAGGAUAGUGCCUCAGGGAAGGUAUACCUAAAUGUAGGCUGGUUAGCUGUGGUAGAGCUGUGUUAAAUAACAGCAUACAGACCCUCGAGUUAAAUUCACAGUUGAUACCAAUGAACGUGGCUCUAUUUUAAAGAAGACAUAAAGAAUCAAGAUACGAUAACUCUACUGGGUGGGAUCCAUUAGGUCUUCUGAGGAUGCCACUAAACUCCAGUCUAAAAGGCCACCUUUCAAUGCUCAUGCAUGCCCCUAGGGAUAGGAGAUAACACUCCGUCCUUUAGAUGAGAAAACAUGAACACUUCCAAUAUGUAGAAGAUAAAUAGUUGGCCAAAUUAAUAACUCCCAAUUCUACUCUGAAUUGAACAUGGUCUGACUGCCACGUAGAAAUGGUAGACUGUAUGGAGUUGUGUGUUUCUGGAUUUAGGAGUUUAGCUUUAAUCACAAACAAACACUCGGAAGGGGAUUGCAAACUUCAAAAUAAGGAGAAUUAAGAAUAGUAGCACUUACUUGGCAAUGGUGGCAAGUUACCAGUGGCAUGAGCAUGGCUCCCUUUAUACUGUUUACCAACAAAACACCAUUCAUUCACUAUUCAAGAGCUCAAGUCUUGAUUUCUUAUUUUCCGGCUACUGAGUACAUUUUUUUUAAUUUACUCAUGGGAUAUGGGCAUCAUGGGUUGGGCCAAAAUUUAUUGCGCAUCUCAAAUUGCCCAGAAGUUGUUCAGAUUCAGACCAGGUAAGGACAGCAGUUUCCUUUCCUAAAGGACAUUAGUGAGCCAAUUGGGUUUUUAUGAGAAUUGACAAUUAGAUAAACAAUUAAUUCCACAUUUUUUAAAACUGACUUCAAAUUCCACCAUCUGCCAUGAUGGGAUUGUGAACCUGGGUCCCCAGAACAUUACCUGCAUCUCUGAAAAUAGCAUUAGGACAUUGCCUUCCCUUAAGUUGCAUUCAGUUUCCCAAUCCCAGAAGCAUCAAAGUCUGCUGAUUAAAAAAAUCAAGUUUAUCCUUCAGAAUAACCAACAUGAGAAAAACACCUGUUGACCAACAAUUCUGGUUACAAUUUACACUGCAGACUCCUCUACAUUGUUAGCAUUGUAUAAGUGGGUUAGUGCAUUGUUAGUAUGUUUUAAUGAGUGUUAUUUUGAGGAAGUGAUGGAAAAUAUUCCUCAAAAACAUUUAACUUUUAUUGACAAAUGAAACACAGUCAAGGAUUUGGCUGAGUCAACACUGAAACUCAACUGUGUUCCCAUAAUUCAAAAACUUGCGUUCAUACUUUAUACUUUCACAAACGGACCAAAGUCAUGUGCAGAUUAUAUUUGUGCUUUAGUUAGUAUAGAAAAGCUUAAAUUUGGGACUGAAAAGAAGCAGAAUCUAUUUAUGAACUUACAAAUGCAUUAAGAAAAAUCUACUGCUGUGUUCCGGACACUAAAAGUGAACCAAGGAACAGAACUGUCUGUCCUGCUCCAGUAUGUGUCUCCUGGGUUUUUACCAAUGUACAGAACUCAGAUUAUUUCAAGCUAUUUGCCCACAGUAACUUCUUUGGUGUUUGCCACACUCAGCUAUUCUGGCGGGCUUUUGCUUAGCUUGUGCCAUCCUUUGAGCUUUGUGCUGCCAGUCUUGGAUUGUUUGUUGUUUGUGCAUGGUUUCUUGCAUGUGCCACUCAGAAAUGUGAACUUCCUCCUUUUAUUCUCUGGUUUCCUGGCAGCAUCCCACUCUAGCUGCAUGUAUCCUGUUGUUACUUUAUUGCUGCGAGCCUUUUCUUGCAGCCUACUGUUUCCUAUCAUUCCUCCAACAGUGUGAAUUGUGCCCUAAGAUUGCUUCCUUCAAGGAAUGCUGUCCCGCUUCUCCCAACUCAACCCAAAUGCCAAGAUAUUUGGCAAAAUUUGAGUUGAUGAGGUGCCAGUCCAGUGUGAUGCUUUCGUAAUGUGAGCAAACGGGUUCUUCAUCAACCUGGAAAUCCUUCUGAUGUGCCUGUGUCAAGCAGUAAGAGGUGGAGGGGUGGUGGGUCUCUGCAUCAGCCUUGCUCAAUGUGCAGAUGUGUCCCUCAAGCUACAGGCUCUGGUGACAGCUUAGUGACCUGUUUCAGGUAAAAUCUAGAUGUAUAUAUGGGCUUUCUCUGCCUGGUGCACCACUAGGCGAGAGAACAGAAGAGUUGAUGCAAAGCAGACACUGAUAGUGACCAUAGUCGAGUGCUGCUGUCUCAUUGGAGAGAGGGAGGGAGGGAUGACAGGUGGUGAGAUAAACCUGAAGGUCACAACACCUGAGGUGAGGUUAGAGAAGUAAGACUUUCAUGGUAACCACAACUGGUGCAGGAAUUGAACCAAUUGCAAACCAGCCGUCCAACCCACUGAGCUAGCCACACACGCUGAGCUAACUGCGUAGAUGCUACUUCACAGUCAUGUGCCCCCAAGAUAGCAAAUGGGUGCAUAAGCAAUGAGUUCAGGAUCAAGCAGUUGAUCGUGGCCAAUACCAGGAUGAGUUGGAUCCAGUAACAUAAAGUUCAAAGAACAAAUAGCUUCAAGUGAUCUGGAUUCUUGCUGUCGACUAAAACAAACAGAGAGGGGGCAAACAUUGUAGUACAUGCUACCUGGCUGAUGUCAUUCCCACUUUUAUUUUGGCUGAGCUGUCAUACAAUCUGAUGCUUCCCUUCCCCCAGGCCGUUUUAAAGGGGUGGUUUUUAUGUGUGUUCUGACAUCACGUAAUAGCUAACAAAGUCAUUCACCAGCUUAAUCUAUUCAGAUUCUUCUUUUAGCUUCUGUUGCUUUGAUUAUUGCAGCUUUAAUUCCUUCUGAGCUUAAUUAUGCCAAGGUUGUUUCAUUUUCUCGUUUCAGUGCCUUUUUGCAAACAAAGCUGCUCGUAAAACACUUGCCAUUUUUGUUAGUGUUUGUGGAACAGGGAUAUUUGAUUCAAACAGUCCUCUCGGAGCUACUGAAAGAAAAUACUGAAUCAUUUCGUCAAAUGAAUGCAGAGGUAGAGGAGGAGGCUGAGCUGCUUUGUGCUUUCCCCACAAGGUGAAGCUGAAAGAAAAUCUUGAAACGGCUUAACAGUUUCUUUAUGCAACAAUUCAAAAACACAACAGUCCUCUCUCUGCUAGUGAGCCUAUGAUUUUAUCUGUGUUGUUUACAGGAUCUGUACAGUGAAACAUCUUUUUAAUGGCAAUCUUUCACAGGAUCUCCCUCCCUCUGAAGCCCAAACAGCUGAAUGAUGUACAUAUUUUUUGCAUAUAUGCUGAUAUGUCGGGUUACUUCCUAGUUGACCUUUCUCACCCUCACUGUAUUAAUGCUGUUUGUGGAUUUUAUCGUUUAUAAGCCAGUUGAAAUUUCAGAAUGAUUUCUUCAACUCAUUUUUUGAGCUUCUCCUGCUGGCCUUAUGUAAAGACAAAGUGGGACUGGUCAUACAAAAGGAAUGUGGGAUCACUACUAGAAAUGCAGGUUAAUGCUGUUAUAUGCCAUUUUGUUUUUUUUAAAAAGGAAAUAAAAGUUGAUUGGUGAAAAGUU